AUGAGCGCCGCCGCCUUGAUUCCAACAACCAACGCCGCCGCAUCACGAAUUCCCUCAUUCCCCACCGCUCAAACCCGUAGAAAAUCUCCGGUUUCCGUCAUGAAUUCACUUUUAACCGAGGCGGCGGGGGACCAGGCGGCGACGGAGGCGGAAUCCGCCCCCCGCCGCCUCAUUUUGCUACGCCACGCCAAGAGCUCCUGGAAAAACCGUUCCCUCAAAGAUCACGAUCGGCCUCUGAGUAAAUCCGGACGAGCUGAUGCUGUGAAGCUCUCGAAGAAACUCGACAAGUUGGGUUGGGUUCCUCAGCUCAUAUUAUCCAGUGAUGCGCUGAGAACACGUGAAACGUUGCAAAUCAUGCAAGAGCAAAUACGAGCUUUCUUGGAAGCCGAGGUGCAAUUUAUUUCAAGCUUUUACUCGGUUGCAGCCAUGGAUGGGCAAACAGCUGAGCACCUUCAACAGGUUAUUUGUAGAUACACGAGUGAUCGAAUCUUUACGAUAAUGUGUAUGGGGCAUAAUAGAGGAUGGGAGGAGGCAGCUUCUAUGUUAUCUGGAACCCCUGUAGAACUGAAAACUUGCAAUGCUGCUUUGUUAGAAGCAACUGGGAAAUCAUGGGAAGAGGCAUUUUCGUUAGCAGGGUUUGGUGGUUGGAAACUACACGGCAUUGUAAAACCCGACACGCAGGUGGAGGGAAGUUUUUGA